AUGCUUCGCGUGGUCGCGCGAAGGUUCGCCCGAGGAGGGAACGCGUCUUCCCCGAAUGGUCAUCCGCUGAUCAAUCAGGCGGCGACGGCGUCGUCAUCGACGUCAAUGUUGAUUCAUAAACAAAUGCUUCCGUCGCUCUCGGGCGGUCUCUCAUCCGCUGCGAAUCAAAUCCGCUCGUACUCCAAAGACGUCAUCGGGAUUGAUUUAGGGACGACGAACUCGUGCGUGGCAGUCAUGGACGGCAAGAACGCGAAAGUCAUCGAAAACGCGGAAGGGUCGAGGACGACGCCUUCGAUGGUGGCGUUCACGGAAAAAGGCGAACGGUUAAUCGGGCAACCGGCGAAGAGGCAAGCGGUGACGAACCCUUCGAACACGUUGUAUGCGUGCAAACGGUUGAUUGGGAGACGAUUCGACGAUCCGCACACGAAGAAGGAGCAAGAGCUCGUGCCGUAUGACAUCGUGAAGGCGAGCAACGGCGACGCGUGGGUCAAGGCGGGCGGGAAAGAGUACUCGCCUUCGCAAGUCGGCGCGUUCGUUUUGCAAAAGAUGAAAGAGACCGCGGAAUCGUAUUUAGGUAGAGGGGUGACGCAAGCUGUGGUGACGGUGCCGGCGUAUUUUAACGACGCGCAGAGACAGGCGACGAAAGACGCGGGGAAAAUUGCCGGUUUGGAUGUUUUGAGAAUUAUCAACGAACCGACCGCGGCGGCGUUGAGUUACGGCGUGGAUAAGAAAGAGGGCAUCGUCGCUGUGUACGAUUUAGGUGGCGGGACGUUUGAUGUGUCCAUUUUGGAAAUUUCCGGCGGCGUUUUCGAAGUCAAAGCGACGAACGGGGACACGUUUUUAGGCGGCGAAGAUUUCGAUACCGUGGUUAUGAAUGAAUUGCAAAACGUGUUUAAGAAAGAGUCUGGGAUCGAUCUCAAAGGCGACAAGUUAGCCGUGCAACGUUUGAGAGAAGCCGCGGAGAAGGCAAAGAUUGAGUUGUCCAGCACGACUUCCACGGAGAUCAACUUGCCGUUUAUCACCGCGGAUGCAACCGGACCGAAACACUUGGCGAUGACUUUGACCCGGGCAAAAUUGGAAGAGUUGGUCGGUUCGCUCUUGGAAAGAACGAAAGCGCCGUGCACGAACGCGUUGAAAGACGCCGGGAUUUCUCCGAGCGAGUUGAGCGAAGUCUUGUUGGUUGGAGGUAUGACCAGAAUGCCGAAAGUGCACUCCAUCGUGAAAGACUUGUUCAAGAGAGACCCGAGUAAAGGCGUGAACCCGGACGAAGUCGUCGCCAUGGGCGCGGCUAUUCAAGGUGGUGUUUUGAGAGGCGACGUGAAAGAUAUUCUCUUGUUGGACGUGACUCCGCUUUCCUUAGGUAUUGAAACCUUGGGUGGCGUUUUCACGCGAUUGAUCAACAGAAACACGACGAUUCCGACCAAAAAGUCCCAAGUCUUUUCCACCGCCGCGGAUUCCCAAACCCAAGUCGGCAUCAAGGUUUUGCAAGGUGAAAGAGAAAUGGCGGCGGAUAACAAAAUCUUAGGCAACUUUGAUUUGAUGGGUAUUCCUCCGGCCCCGCGCGGUGUGCCGCAAAUUGAAGUCACGUUCGAUAUCGACGCCAACGGCAUCGUCAACGUUUCCGCGAAAGACAAAGCCACGGGUAAAGAAAACUCCGUCGCCAUCACCAGCUCCGGUGGUCUCUCCGACGCGCAAGUCGAGCAAAUGGUCCGAGACGCCGAAUCCCACGCCGAAGACGACAAAAAGCGAAAAGAAAUGAUCGACGCGAAGAACGAGGCGGAUACGUUAAUUUAUUCCGCGGACAAAAACAUCCAAGAACACGGCGCCAACUUGCCGCAAGAAAUCAAAGACGAGAUCCAAAACGCGCAAAUGGCGUUGAGAACGGCCAUGGAAGGCGACGAUAACGAAGCGUUGAAAGAGAAAAUCGGUGACUUGCAAAAAGCCGUCAUGAAAAUCGGCGAGGCGUUGAGCAAAGGCGCGAGUUCCGGAGGCGCUUCGGAAUCCGGCGAAGGCACGACGACCGAAGGCGAAGCCACGGAAGAGAAGAAGUCGGAAGAGGCGAAGUAA